AUGGGAUCAGACGUAACUGGAAAACGAAACUGUUUAACAUAUAGCAAUUUAAAUAAACUUUAUUGCCUGAAGAUCGGCACAGCCGGUGCAGAUAAAAACGAAUUGGAAAUGAUACAAAACUAUUACGGAAUAAUUUGGAAUAAUGAAUCUUUUAAACAAUUUGUGGCAUUGAGUGCAUAUGAGACCGUUAAAUCUGGUUUAUUGGCACUGAAUUCCUUACUAGUCGAUAAUCAAUGGCCAGAAAACAUAAAAUCAACAAACUCAUCAAGAAAAAUUUGUGAUUCAUCGAUGCCCACUAUCGAUUCCACAAUGAGGUUUUAUCGUUAUUUAGAAGCCAUAACCAGGCUUCCUAAACGAAAUGGCACUACUGGAAUAAUUGAUUUUAACAAAACAGUAACCAAUCAACAUGCUAUCUUUCAUUUACAACAAUGUUUUGGAAAAUCGAACUCAUCGGAAGCAAUGUGCUAUGAUGUUAAUUCAACUUUUAUUUAUCCACAGAAUAAAGUCACCUAUAAUCAGAGCAUGCUUGAAUCAGACAGGCGCCAGAAAAUACAUGUUAGUGUCAUACAUGACCCACCGUAUGCAGUACGUUUAGGUCGGAAUAAAUGGACAGGAUACUGUGUAGAGGUGUUUGAGGAAAUCGCUAGACGACUAAAUAUUGAUUACGAAUUCGUAGAACAAACUGAUGGUGAUUAUGGCACCAGACUUGAAAACGGUCGUUGGUCAGGGAUGAUUGGACAGGUUUCUAGAAAAAAUACUGACAUUGGCUUGGGACCAUUGAUUCAGGAUGCAGAAAAAUCUUUGAUUGUUGAUUUUACAGUACCUUAUUACGAAUCUGUUGGCAUUACAAUGGUCAGUAAAAUAAAUGAAGAUCUUAAACUUGGUGCGUUGUUUUUCCUUGAUGUAUUCACGUGGGAUGUGUGGGUAACAGCUGUCGUAGCUGUAUUUAUUAUCGGUUUUCUGCUGGCAUUCAUUGACAAAUAUUCACCGUAUAGCUAUCAAAAUCAACCUAAAAAAGGUGAUAGUGAAUCUAUGGGCACAGUAUUUACUGUAAAAGAAUCUCUCUGGUAUGUAUUAGGUUCCUGCACUCAACAAGGUGAAUACAUGGAUCCUCGUUCAGCUUCAACACGCAUCUUAGUAGCCGGUCUCUGGCUGUUAGUUCUUAUUAUAAUUGCAAUGUUUUCGGCUAAUUUAGCGGCGAAAUUAACCGUCUCCGGUUUACAAGGGGAAAUUAAUACAUUCAAGAAACUAAUUGAACAGAAAGAAGUCAAAUAUACAGUUCGAAGCAACUCAUCAGAAUUGAAGUUCUUUGAGAAGUUGAAAAGUGCUGAAGAAUCAAUUUUUGAAAUAUGGAAACAAAAAGUUGUUUAUAACAAUGAAUUCACAGCAAAUUAUACAGUUUGGCAAUAUCCAGUCACUGAGAAAUAUGGAAUAAUUUACAGUAGAAUGCGUGAAUGGGGCUUUUCAAAUAGCCAUGAAGAAACGAUUAAACUUAUCAACGACGGUUGGGUAAUAUUUAUGGAAACUCCAAGGGCUGCUUAUUACAUAGCCAACGAAUGCAAGCUGAAACGAUUCGAUAACCGUAUAGGAAGUUGGUAUUAUAGUAUGAUAUUAAUACCGCGUUCUCCGUUAACUUCUGCUUUUAAUGAAAUAAUUUAUUCUCUAGAAGCAGAUUAUACACUGGACACACUGAGAGCUAAGUGGUGGGCUAGUAAUACAAGUCACUGUGGAACAUUGUCUGUUGAUGAAGGAUAUGAUUUUGAAGAAGUUGGUGGUAUGUUCUCAUUACUUGGAUGUGGACUUUUAAUUGGCGUUGUAUUGCUAAUCUCAGAAAUUGUUACCUUUCAUAUACUAUUGAAGAAGCAACAGACACAGGUCGCAAAUGAACCUCGAAAAUUACCACCGCAACCUGUAACAAACAGUGUACCAGAAUCAAUACUAAAGGAAAAAGAAAGUACAAAUAAUUUAUCUACGAGAAAUCCAGUUGCAUCAAAUUUAAUAACAAUUACUACAACCGAUUAUAGUGAUCCUAAUCAAGAAGCUAUAUCCUUGAAUGAAUAA